GGGGCAGAAGGGCGUAUGAGGUACGGGGGCCCCGCCUCCCGCCGCGAGGAACUGCAGCGGGGUGCAAUGUCGGCGUCGGCGGAACCCGUCCCACUGUCGGGGGUGGCCUGGGCCUCCAGCCCCGCCGCGCUGCCCGCCGUCUGGACCCCGAUCCUGAGCACGGUGGAAGGCGCCGCCGCCAACUUCGGGAAGGGAUUCGGGCAGAAAUCCAGCUACUACCUCUGCCAGAGCUGCCAGGCCGGCCCGGGGGACGUGGUGGCGGACGUGCAGGUGCUCGGCGAGAGGACGGCGCUGCCCGCGGGCUACACCUACGCGCAGGAGUUCCUGGAGCCCCGAACAGCAAUCUCCAAGAAGAAGCGCGUGUGCGUGAGGCUCGUGCCCGUGGGCACAGCAGAGCUUGUGGUAUUUGACAUCAAGCUGAGCAGCAAAAGCAAAGCAAUCCCACACUAUGUGAAAAUCGGAGAAAUCGGCAGCUUUGCUAUUUGGUGUAAAAAGGGACAUGCUCCUAAACCCAAGCCCCUCCCCAAGCCAAGAAACAUCAGUCUCACCCUGAAGCAGCUUUCACUAGAAACAGCUGAACCCAACCAAGCCAAGGUGGAGUUCCCAUCAGAGAAAUCUGCCACUCACUUUGGCUCAAAACACACAUCUCUUAAGCGACAUGACUCCAUUUACGAGGCCUCUAAUCUCUACGGCAUUUCAGCAAUGGAUGGAGUGCCAUUCACAUUACACCCCAAAUUUGAAAGCAGCCUCACUCGUGGCACUCAUGCCUUUUCCUUUUUAAAUAAUCUGAACAUCAAGUCACUUGCUGACAUUGAGAAAGAGUACGAUUACACUUUUGUAGUUGAAAGGACUGCAGCUGCCAGACUCCCACCCAGCAUCUGCUAACAGCAGAGAUGGCUCCAAACGUGGCCAAGAUCUGACCCACUGAGGCUGAUGUCCACAACCGCCGUGUUGUACUUGACUCUUCCAGAUGAAUAGUCCUGUGCCAGACCAAACCCUCUCCUCUGCCUUCUAGCCUUGUACUUGUUAGAGCACAUGGGUCUGGAUCUGUUUGGUGCUCCCCUGUUUAGCAACUUCUGUAAGAUUUUGUUCCCAGGCUAGUUGUUAGCUGUAGCCUGAAGAACACUAGCCUCUGACCUGCCCAGGACAGGGUGGGGGGAAGAGCAUGCUGACUUAGGCUAGACAUCCUGUGCAAGGUUUCAGGAUGGGUUUGCCCAUGUGUUAUUCCUUUGUACAGCAAGGGGUCAUGUUGCCAGUGAGAGGUGUUGGCCCAUCAGCAUUAAUCAUUCUGAUGGAGGUAAAUGCACCUACACCUAUUCUCCUCCCCCCCACCAGAGCAGAGGCGCGCAUGGUGCGUAAUUUCUUUUCUUUAUAUGGCAAAAACACUAAGCAGCCCAAAGGAUUUGAGGCUGAUACUUUCCUGCCUACAAAUUAAGCUACAUUUUUUUUGCCAAAACUUUUACAGCCUGUUUAUAUGCAAGUAAACAAACUGAGUAACCUGC